AUAUGUUUGACUUGCCAGUCGCUGGAAGAGCAGGCGCGGCUAACUUCAACUCGCAGUACAGGACUACUCGCACACACGACAAGACAAGAGCAGACAGCGGGAUAACCUGUCGCUUUGACCCGUUUUAAAUCGAGUUACACUCAGAUCCUUAACAUGUUACUCACGUCCGCGUGUUAAUCGACAUUUCACGGGUUUUCUUUCUUCAAGAAACGUCCCUUUUCUAAAAAAGUUUUCUCUUCGAAAGGGGCUCGUCACACUGACCGGAGAGGGAGUGCAACUAUACGGGGAUUGAUCGGCGUUGGAGAUGUCCGGAUGUUACUGCAAAAGUUUAUACCCCUUUAGCGGGGACCAGCACCAGCAGGGACUGACCUUCGAGGCGGGAGACAGGAUCAAGAUCGUCCAAGCCCUGCCGGGAGGCUGGUGGGAGGGCGAGAAGGAUGGAGCCACAGGGUGGUUUCCAUCCAGUUAUGUUCAGGUGCUGGAGAGAACCUCGUCUCUGAGUCAGCUGCCGAUGGAGGACCUGAAGGAGCCGCUGCCCCCCCAGUGGCGCUGCUACAUGUCUCCACAGGGGCGGCGCUAUUACGUCAACACAUCCAGCAACGAAACCACAUGGGAGAGGCCGUCCAGCGCACCUGGGACGCCUAAAUCCUCUAUGAGACACAAGAACUCCCUCCCAGCAGUGAACGGGUUUCACUCAGGUGGCAGCCCCUUGCAUCAUCCGGAACACAACCUCUUGGUGAGGAAGACGAGCAAUGAACUACAGAACCCGGGAUCUGUGUCGCCCACCAGGAAGCAGAGCAAGGAAACCACGGUUACCAUCAACUGCGUGACAUUCCCGCUCCCUAUGAGUAUGGCUGAGCAGCCACUGCUGAAGCCUGAUGAGUGGAGCUACUGCGACUACUUCUGGAUGGAUAAGAAGGAGCCCCAGGGGGCGGCUGGCGUCUCGGGCUUCGAGGUGCUGCUGCAGAAGCAGCUGAAGGGGAAGCAGAUGCAGAAGGAGAUGGCCGAGUUCGUCCGCGAGAGGAUAAAGAUAGAGGAAGAGUACGCUAGGAGCCUCUCCAAACUCUCCCAGAUCCCCCUAGCUGGCCAGGAAGAGGGCACGCUCGGUAAGGCCUGGGCCCAGCUGAAGAAGAGCCUUGCAGACGAGGCGGAGGUUCAUCUGAAGUUCUCCUCCAAGCUUCAGAGCGAGGUGGAGAAGCCCUUGCUGUCGUUCAGGGACAACUUCAAGAAGGACAUGAAGAGGUUCGACCACCACAUCGCCGACCUGCGGAAGCAGCUCAUCGGUCGAUACGCCGCCGUGGAGAAGGCCCGCCGAGCACUGGCCGACCGGCAGAAGGACCUGGAGGUGAAGAGCCAGCAGCUGGAGCUGAAGCUCAGCAACAAGACGGAGGAGGACAUCAAGAAGGCCCGCAGGAAGUCCACGCAAGCAGGAGAUGAGCUGAUGCGCUGUGUGGACCUUUACAACCAGUCCCAGUCCAAAUGGUUUGAGGAGAUGGUCACCACUAGUCUGGAGUUGGAGCGCCUGGAGGUGGAGCGAAUAGAGAUGAUCCGACAGCAUCUGUGUCAGUACACAACCCUCCGCCACGAGACAGACAUGUUCAACCAGAGUACGAUGGAGCCAGUGGACCAGCUGCUCCAGGGAGUGGACCCGGGCCGAGACAGAGAGCUCUGGGUGAAUGAGAACCAGACCGGAGAGAUCCGACCCGUGGAUAUAGAGAUCUGACCCUGCAUGUGUACGCUGACCAGAUUUGCUGGGCGUAUGCCAAGCCCUUACUGAGAAAACAAACAUAAACACAGACCCGAGGGCCAGUUCUGGUUGAAUGGUGGUUGGUUUUGUUUGGAUUGAGUCGUCCCUGGUUUGGUUCGGAAUAAAAAACAAAAGAUAAGGCGGUUACCAGUCGGCAUUCACUGAAUACCGCACCUCAAGUCGCACUAAGCUCCGUUCAGCCAGCAGGGGGCGAGACUGAGCCACAACACGCGAAGUUCCCAGGAUGUGUUGAGAUUUUUCUGAGCAUUGGUGGGAGGAGGCGAUGUCGUCACAUGUUUCCGUGUGGUCGACGUUGGUCUUAUGUUUGUCAGUCGAAAAGCAAAUUGACACCGUGGGUGAGAAGACACGUCAACAAUGGACAAAGAGUGAAGAAUUGUUAUUUUUUAUUUUAGACCAGUGGAUACUGCAAAAGAAUGAGCGAGAGUCAAGCAAUGGUUAUCUCACAAUUCCGUAAGUAUAAAAGAAUUUGCUCUAGUAUGCGAGCAUCGCAGCGACGCAAACACUGUUCCAUGUCUGCUUUUGAAGCUCUGUAAAGACAUUUCCUAACCCCGAUGUGAAAGAAACAGACAGUAGGACUGUAAGCAGGCAGAAAUGUAUUCAGAAUGGCAUUUAAUGAAAGCUGCUAAUACCCGGUAAAGCUACUCUCCAGAUCUUUGGCUUGUUCUGUAUGAGCCUAUGGACCUUUCACCUAGCAGCCAUCUUUGUUGGAAACAUUACCUGGCGGGGGAAAAUGAAUGCGGAAUUCCGCAUCCAGUUCCCCCACACAGGUAGCGUUUUGGAACAAGAUGGCCGCCAGGUGAAUAGAGAGGCCACAAGUUGCUGGGAGGAUGAGGCCAAGCGGUCAAAAUGCUAGUAUGUUACUAGUGUGGCUAGCACUCCUGUUGCUGUUGUGGACGAUUGUGCAUGCUCUGAUGUUAUAAACUCUCGGUGAAACAUUUUCUCAUUCCAUCACAUAUGUAAAAGUCUAUAAAUUCUAUUGACUCUUUAAUUGUCACUAUUAAUUCAUCCAUGCGUAUUACUAAAUGGCAAUUUGCACUUUCUGCUCAAAAAUGUGAACAAAUUCUGACCGUUGACCCAUUAGAAAUCAAUUUGAUGCAUUUCUUUGAUUAUGUGUGAUAUGCUUCUGAAGUAUAGGGCAGAAUAAACCUAAUCUUUACGUACUUGUUUAAGAGUAUGUCAAAGGAUUGUAUGCAGUUGUCAAAUCCACUUUUAAUUCAGAUGAUUCCGUAAGGAUUUCCAUUGCGCUCAUUAGAUAUAUUAUAAAUAUCUAUCCUAAAUUUCCCAAAUAUUAUAGAUUUAAGGUAUACGGUGCAUCUUUUUGACAUUAAUUUGAGCAUAUUCUAAUACCCUGUAGAUGGUACAAAACGACCAAUUCCUCUUCGCCCACGAUACCAAAUAUCAAUCAGAUCGGAAACAUGUCUUAGAACUUGUCCUUUAACUUGUACAAAAUCAGUGUAUAAAAACCACACAUGAUCUAUGUUUAGUGUGCUUUAAAGUAUAAUUUUGACCACUGGCGGCAUAGAUUUCUAUAUACAUUAACUGCUCAAUGGCUGGCAUUCAUUACCAUAAAUAAAAAUAUUAAAGAUAGAUAUAUUCUACA